UCAACCAUGGUCAGCCAUGUGGGAAUCCAGCGCCUUAACCACUAUGCCAUCUACUGGCCUUGGGUCUUACCCUUUUAAUUUGGUUAGGAGGGAUCUGAGGGACUGUUGUGACAGAAGACAGAUGGGACAAGCACAGAUAGUGGGUGCCAGCUCUAAUUCUGCUGCCUGGAAGGAGAUUUUAGGUCUUGGCCUGACUUGGGACUGAAUUUUUGGGGCAGACAGUUGUGCAGAAGCAAUGGGGUGGCACAGAUCAAGUUCUCUUCUCCUAUUUCAAUCCCUGGGAGUUUGUGUGUCCCUUUACACCAUUUCCAGAAGUUUUUCCAGUUUCUUCUGUUGAGAUCCCUGGAGCCCUCUCUCCUCUUAUAUGUAAGGAGGAAAUUGUUUCUUCCUUGUUUGUCCUUGUUUUCUUUUAUUAAAGAAUAAUUUAUUAUUAUUAUUUGCUAUAGGGCAUGGGUGCUCACUGGACAGAGAGAAAGAGAAAAAGUGAGAAAGCAAGCCACCAGGUCCAGUAGUUGGCUACGUGGAAGCCCAAUGCUUUAACCAGCAUGCCACCUGCUGGCCCCUGUCCCUGAUCUUUAACACAGCCUCAGACAGACUGGGAUGUUUCAGUACUGACUCCUCCUUCACUGCUGGGAAAGCCUGAAUAAGGCCAGAGCUCUCUGUGCCUCAGACUCAAGAUAAAAUAGGGGGCCAAGUGGUGUGCAGCAGUUAAAAUGCAAUAUUCCAUGAGGCUGACCCACACGGGUGAGUUCUGGGUUAUCAUCCAGAGACUUCAAGUACAAUGUACACGCGUGCUCAUGAUCGGGGCUAGCUGAGGCUGGGGUGGAUUGUGGCAACAAGAUCCUGUUGGGGACAAUGUCUUUCUCCUCUGUCUCUCUCACUGAAUGAAUAAACUUCAAAAAAUAAAAUAAAAUAGGAUUCAUGCCUGCAUUUUCAUAGGACUCUUAGAAUGAUGGAAGUGUUGGGUGUGAACAUGCUCUAAGCACUGAAAGGUGUCAAAAGGGCACACACACUGGUUGGCCUGGAAUCCUGGAAGGACAUCUGUAGAGAGGAUGGACAAGCAUGAUAUUGCUUGGGCCAUACCUGGGGAGAGCAGGGCGGUUGUCCCAUUCUAGCUAUAGAGAAGCUGUUGUCUCUUCCCUUCCCUUAGCUCUGGUCCUACCUGGAGGUGGAACAAACACUUGGAACCUGGGGUUCCAGCCCAGGUCUCCCUCACCUGGGAAUGCCUUCCAACACACACCUGGCCCUAAUCUCUCAUCUGCCUAUGACUUCCUGUGGAUCUAGGCGAUGGCCGUCAACUUUUCAGAGCUUGUCUGUAGAAUAUACCCACACUACCUCCUUUGUGGGACCAUUCAGGUGUGCACAAAGUGCCAAGAGUGAGGAAUGGAACUUCAAUACCAUGACUCCCGCUGGUUUGUACCCCUGCACAAUUUCAAGCACCCCUCCAGCCACCACGCAACAUCCCUGUAUUUGCUGGAAUCAGCCUGUGUUCUAGAAUCUUGACCACUCCAGUGUCCUGGUUCUAGAAUUCCCGACUGCUUUCCCAAACUGGAUCCUCCAGAACUGGAGGGGUCUGCUGCUUUUCCUGAGCAGUGCCUGCAUGCCAAGCUCACUCAUCUCACCUGAGGGUCAGCUGCGGCCAGUAUGCGGUGGCGGGACCGCCUGAUGGUGCUCUUCUUCCCACAUGGCCUGAUGCUCACCAUGGCGUCGCUGCUGCUCUUCUGCAUACACAUGGGAGUCUUUGCCAGUGACGUGCACAACUUCUACAUCACCCAUCACUAUGAUCUCAUGAGUUUCCAGUACACGGUGGUUCUGAUGUUUUCCCACGUGAUCAGCAUCUGCUGGGCUGCCAUGGGGACCCUCUAUGCUGAGAUGACAGAUGACAAGUUUUUCCGGUGCUUCGCCCUGACCAUCCUGAUGCUCAAUGGAGUCAUGUUCUUCAACCGCCUGUCCCUGGAGUUUCUGGCCAUCCAGUACCGAGAGGAGACCCAUUGAGGCCUGGGGACUGGG